AUGGCUAAAAUGAAGGAAGGCUCAGAGUACCACUGGAGUGACUACUUGAAAAGAAUAAAUAUGCACCAUCAUAAACUCAUGCCACGCUCCUACAUGGCUCAUCAAACUUAUCUUGACAGCGUUGACGAGCAAUAUAACCAAUUCCUACCGAAUGCACCAAUGGAGGUAUGUUCAGACGGUGCAGCGAACUUCUCGACAUAUUCUAUAUUUCGCAGCUCCUGUCAUAUUAGCAUAGUGUUAUUCCCAUUCGAUAACCAGACGUGUACCUUGCGUUUUUGUUCUUGGAUUUACGACGCCUUUCAUCUAGACAUUAAUCCACAUAUACUUAGUCGUGACCAAGACAAACUGUUCGAAGACCACGGAGUUUGGAGCCUUCUUAGAAUAGAGACAUGGCGUGAAGUAAUGGAAUACGAUUCAAAUAUUCACCCGUUUGUAUACGCUGUCAUUUCUAUUUCCCUUACGCGACGUUACAGGUUUUACUUACUAUUUAUUUUAAUUCCAUACUUCCUCUGCUCUUUCAACAUCUUUUUGAUGUUCUUCAUACCUGUUGAGAGUGGAGAAAAAUUAUCUUACGGAAUCACAGCUGUGCUAGGAUUAAUUGUUUUUCAACAAAUCCUUGCAUUCUCCCUGCCGCCCGUUGGCAACGAAUCUUCAAUUGUUGGAAAAUCCGUUACAGCAGUGAUCGGUAUGGGAAUCAUAUCAGUGUUCGUGGAAAUUUUGGUUUAUAACAUAUAUUUGGAAGGGAAUGUCUACAAGGCAUGUGUGUAUAUACUGAAGUGGUAUCGCACUAAAACAGAAGACACGCCGACAGAAACCAGGAAAAACUAUAAGUCGGGAAAGACUCAAGAAACGAAAGAGGAGCACGAACACUACUUAGAAUUCGCGGACAGAAACAGCUGUAAAUUAAAAACCUAUUGUGCAGUUUUUGAGUUCUGUUUUGGAAUUUUGGGUCUUGUUUCGUUAUUCAUAUUAAUGUUCUAGUUUUUUAUUGUAAUAUAAAAAGAU